CCAAAUUAGUUGUUUAAUUUCCGUCCUUCGCAAACAGUGGAUUGCUGUUUGACGAAAAUAAAAAGUUAUCAGUAAUGUUUGCGAAUUGCGAUGAGAGAGAAAAAAAUAGAGGAGAAAGUUAUCAGAAAAGGGAUAGCAGAGCCGGUGGCAACUGGUACUGGGUAUUUUAUGACCGUUGAUUAGUAGGUAGUUGUAAAAAUGAGUAUAUUUUAUAAGUUUUUAUUCGAAAACUCGUCAGCUUCAGUAUAACUAAACUGCAUGGAUUAUUUAGACACUUCCACCAGGCGAUUUGCUCGUCUACUGUUACAAAACCCCGACGAAAUUUUCCAAGAUGUCGUUUGGAGUUGGAAUCACAAAAAAGCGGACUUCGCAAGAAAGGCUCUUCGCUACGAAACGCCUUUUCUGAUAGUGGUUUUCAUUGUUAUCAUCUGUGCACUGAUGGUUCAAAUUUCUGGCUUUUUUGUGCUCUCCCGUAAGAAAACUAAGACAGUAGCUUCACCAAAGAAUGUUGUGGAAAGCGAUGCUAAAGGCAGUUGUAAUCUUUGCCAUAAUCUUAUAUUGGCAAUCUUGGCUGCUGGCCUAGUUGUGACAGAUGUCUUCCUGUUGUUGUGGAACAACAAAAUGUCACGCAAUUUGCCUCGUGCAAGAACAACAUUAAUGAGCUCCAUUCGCGUUCUGCACGACUUUCAAAACGACACGGUUAAGGAGCUAGAUCGGAUUCUCCGCAACGACUUUGACGAAACUGUUAAAGAUCGAUUACAUCAAUUUCGAGUUUCCAGUAACUGUCAAUCUAGAAGUUUCGAGCAGAAGAUAAUAAGUGCUUUUCUUUAUAAAAACUCUCAAUCAACGUUAUCAGAGCUUCGUCGAGCAAAAGAUCAAAUUUUCAAAAUCAAUGAAACAAUGAGCAGACUCCUGCUACUCGUCCGAAACGAUCUCAAAGAAAAACGCUCGGAAACAAACGAGCCGAAAGAUGCAAAGCCACUUUGCUCCAUCGCAGACGAUGUUUGUUUGACGUCUGUAAAUAAAGAAGAAGAAACUCGCCUGCGUCGACACGUGUCAAAGAUCACGGAAACAUUGUCAAAUAUCAAUCGAGUAUUAAAGCAUUUUUCAAUCGUGAUGAUGAUCAUGAAAACACGAAAACAUGCCGAGGAAAGUUUAUGUAAGGAGAGAUCAAGAAAAAUGCAAGAUUUGAAGAAACUAUACGAGGGUGUUGAAUACACGUGGAAAUUCGCUCUUCACACGCUAAGCGCUUACUCAAACCAGGCACGAAACUAUGUCGUUUACUACAGUGGCGCAUCUAGAGGAACUCAAAAUAAAUUAUAG